GCUCCGUUUGAAGAUUGGUUGUCUGGCAUGAAAACAUGUUGGUUACGAUCUCUCGCACGCGGCUCCUGUGUUUUGCCGAGUCGCUGCACUUGCGUUGCACCCCCAGCUUGCACUCUUCACGGGGGUACAGCAAAAAGGGACAGGACAGCAAUGAGAUCAACAAUGAGGGUAGUGAGAAAAAGAGAAAGGAUUUAUUACUCAGCCUUCCCAAAACCAAACUGACCUUAACGCUUCGCGACGGAGCCGCUGCUAAGAGAGAAAAGGUUAUUCAAGAAAAAACUGGUUUUUCAAAACUUUAUGAAUGGCAAAGAAACCAGAAACAACGACCAGAGUUUGUUUUACAUGAUGGACCUCCAUAUGCCAAUGGGUUACUGCAUGUUGGUCAUGCUGUCAAUAAGAUUUUAAAAGAUAUUGUGAACCGCCACAAACUGCUAGAAGGGUACAGAAUUGGAUAUUGCCCAGGUUGGGACUGCCAUGGAUUGCCCAUUGAACUGAAGGCCAUCAAACAGAAAGACAAUGCAGUGAAUGAUCUUCGUCCAUUGACCAUUAGAAAUCGAGCUCGAAACUUUGCAAAAGGAGCCAUCAAGCAACAGAAGGCCACAUUCAAAAGGUGGGGUAUUUUAGGGGACUGGAACACACCUUAUUUGACCAUGGACCCAAAAUAUUCCAGCUGUCAGCUCAAUGUUUUCUACAGUCUCUAUAAGAAGGGUUUAAUUUACCAAGAUUUUAUGCCAGUAUACUGGUCUCCAUCAUCAAGGACAGCACUUGCUGAGUCUGAGCUUAUUUAUAACGCCAAACAUGUCAGCCAGUCACUGUGGCUGACAUUUGAUGCUCGAACGAUUCCAGAGAGUUUAGUACAACUGAGUGAAGGCAAAAUACUGAAAAAACCUGUUAAAUUACUUGUUUGGACCACCACACCAUGGACGAUUCCAGCCAACCAAGCUAUUUGUUUUGGCGCUGACAUUAAGUACUGCUGUGUGGAAACUGCAGACACCAUGUACAUAUGUUGCGAGGAAUUUGUCCCAACUCUUAAAGACAUAUUGGCAUCUCCUGCUGAGGUAACACUGACGUUUGAAGGUUCAGAGCUGUCGUCGAUGACAUACUGCCACCCACUCAACAACGAAGAACUACCGGUAUACUCAGCCAGUCAUGUGACAUCAACAAAGGGAACCGGCCUCGUCCAUACAGCCCCAGCCCAUGGACAUGAUGACUUCCAUAUUGCUAUUGACCAUGGACUAUCUGUUAAAUCAUUAAUCAGGGAAGAUGGCAGUUAUUCACCAGAAGCAGGACCUCAACUUGCUAACAAGGUUGUAGGGAAAGAUGCCAACGAAACUGUUUUGGAAUUACUGGGAGAUCAUGUGAUUAAAGUGGAGGACUUCGUUCACAGUUACCCUUACGAUUGGCGCACCAACCAGCCUGUGAUCAUACGAGCUAGUCUUCAAUGGUUCAUGGACACCAGCUCUGUGAAGGAGACUGCAAUUAAAUGUCUCGACUCUGUCAACAUCUACCCCAAGUCAUCACAGAACAGUAUGCUGUCCCAGCUAGAAUCCAGGACAUACUGGUGCAUCUCUCGUCAGAGAUCUUGGGGGCUGCCCAUUCCUGUCUUUUACUGUCGUUCUACUGGAAAACCCUUCAUUACAGUAGACAGUGUCAACCACAUCUCUAAGUUAUUCCUUGAACACGGCACUGAUGUUUGGUGGAAGAUGUCUACAGAGGAACUGUUACCUGAGUCUGUUCUACAGAAGAGUGGUAUAAAGAAUUCCUCUGGUUUUGUGAAAGGGGAAGAUAUUUUGGACAUAUGGUUUGAUAGCGGUGUCUCUUGGGCCUGCAUAUUACAAGAUUCUAAUGAAGAAGCUGAUGUCUAUUUGGAAGGACUUGACCAGUUUGGGGGCUGGUUUUUGUCCUCUCUUCUCACCAGUGUGGCCCUCAAUGAAAAGCCCCCUUUCAAGUCUCUUGUGGUUCAUGGGUUCACAGUUGAUGCGGAUGGCAAGAAAAUGUCCAAAUCUGUCGGAAAUGUCAUAGAUCCGAUGGAUGUUGUGGAUGGAUCCAAGGCCAGUGGUAUUCCAUCCUACGGAGCUGAUGUCCUGCGAUGGUGGGUGGCCACUUCGGGACUACAGAGUAACAUCCCCAUCGGAAGUUCAAUCCUCACCAGGUGUAACGAGGAAGUAUUUCGGUUACGCAAGACUUGCCGGUUCCUGUUGGGUAAUCUCUGGGAUUUCACACCUGACAAAGACAGCGUCUCCUACAACCAGCUGCUUGCACAGGACAGCUAUAUGUUGCACCUGCUGCAUGACUUUGCACUCAAGGCGAUCCAACUUUAUGCUGACCAUCGUUACAAUAAAGUCACUUCUAUUGUUGACCGCUUCAUCAGUGCUGAUGUAUCCAGUUUCUACAGUUCCAUUAUCAAAGACAGGUGUUACUGUGACAGUAGAGACAGCCUUGCGAGAAGGUCCUGCCAGACAGUCCAGUACAAUAUAUUAGAUGUUCUGAUUAGGCUUUUGGCACCAAUUCUGCCACACUUUGCCGAGGAAGUCUUCCAAUAUUUACCAAAAUUACAACACCAACAAGAUUGUAACAGUCUGUUCAAGACUAAAGGCCACAACAUCAACCCAGAAUGGGAAGAUUUAGCAGGUUACCACAGUUUUCAACCAAGUCUGCAGAUCAAGGCCCGGUUCAACGAAAUGAUUGGUCCAGAGACCCCUUCCUCCUUUGAUGUCAUCAUCUGGGCUUCUGGUGACCUUUAUAAUAACCUUAAGGUGUUACAGCCCACCUAUGUAUCGACUAAUUCUGCCCUUGUGGAGAUCUUGCAAGCAUCACAAGUUUCCCUUAGCAACCAGAGACUGGAUUCUGCCAUGGACGACGUUGAAUUGGUAACUGCCUCUUGUUCGUUAUAUAAACCAGAUUCGGAUGCAACCGAGAAGCAUGACUAUGUGAUGGGGGUGUUACCUUGCCAACUCUACAUGUGCACCAGAUGUCGCAGAUCUGUGGCUAAAUCGUCGGCCCUGAGGUUCUGUUCUCGAUGUGCAGAUGUCAUAGCUGAAGACUACCAAUGAGUGCAGCUCCCUGAACUCACACUCACAUUGUCUCCAGCUCUUUCUGUCUGUCUGUCUGUCUGUCUGUCUCUCACUGAAGUGAUCUCAAAGGAGAGUGAGAUCACUCGAUUCAUGAGUGAAGAUGCUUGUCUGUCAGUCUGUCUGUCUGUCUCUCUUUCUCAAG